UUCAAAAGUGGAACAAAAUCUAACAAAAGAUCCGUACGGCCCUUCAGAUGGGCGCUGAUUCGCAAAUUUUUUUUCAAAAUUUCUGUUUACACCAAAUUUUUGUAAAGCUGGUUUAGUUUACACGGUUUUUUAUAUUUAUUUUUUCGCGCUCCAAAUUUUUAGUAUCUAUGAUGAGGGAGUGCAUCUCUGUGCACGUGGGCCAGGCAGGCGUUCAGAUGGGGGUGGCAUGCUGGCAGCUAUAUUGCCUGGAGCACGGCAUACGGCCCGACGGGACGUUGCCGGCUUGCGAAACUGACCUUAACAGCUCCGAUUCCUGCUUCAACACAUUCUUCUCUGAGGCGGACCGGGGGAAGAUGGUUCCGCGGGUCGUUAUGGUGGAUCUUGAGCCUACUGUUAUUGACGAAGUGCGUUCGGGUGAUUACCGACAACUCUACCACCCGGAACAGCUGAUCACGGGCAAAGAGGAUGCAGCGAACAACUACGCGCGAGGACACUACUCCACCGGCCGGGAAAUCCUGGAGCCGGUGAUGGAGAGGAUCCGGAAACUUGCAGAUCAGUGCACUGGACUACAGGGCUUCUUCGUGUUUCACUCUUUCGGCGGAGGGACGGGCUCUGGCUUCACGUCGCUGCUGAUGGAGAAGCUGUCGGAAGAAUUUGGCAAAAAGAGCAAAUUGGAAUUCGCUAUCUAUCCUGCUCCUCAGGUGUCCACAGCAGUGGUAGAACCCUACAAUGCUGUACUAACUACUCACGCCACCAUCGGCCACUCGGAUUGUGCAUUCAUGGUGGACAAUGAAGCUAUCUACGACAUCUGUCGGCGGCGACUGUCCAUUGAGCGCCCGUCGUAUGCCAACCUGAACAGACUUAUAUCACAAGUGGUAUCCUCAAUAACGGCGUCGCUGAGGUUCGACGGAGCGUUGAAUGUAGACCUCACAGAGUUCCAGACGAAUCUGGUGCCUUAUCCGAGGAUACACUUCCCCCUGGCCGCCUACGCGCCCGUGGUUUCCGCAGACAAGGCAUACCACGAAGGAAUGUCGGUAUCGGAAAUUACUGCGGAACUGUUCGAGCCUCAGAACCAGAUGGUGAAGUGUGACCCUCGUGAUGGCAAGUACAUGGCGUGCUGCCUGCUGUACCGCGGCGACGUGGUGCCCAAGGACGUCAACGCAGCCAUCGCCGCCAUGAAGGGCCGCGCAGGCAUCCGCUUUGUGGACUGGUGUCCUACUGGGUUCAAGGUGGGUAUCAACUACCAGCCACCGUCGGUGGUGGCGGGUGGCGACCUGGCGCAAGUGAAGCGCGCUGCGUCCAUGCUGAGCAACACCACCGCCAUCGCCGAAGCCUGGGGCAAGCUUGACCACAAGUUCGACCUCAUGUACUCCAAGCGAGCCUUCGUGCACUGGUAUGUUGGCGAAGGUAUGGAGGAAGGUGAGUUCACGGAGGCUCGAGAAGACCUCGCAGCCCUCGAGAGGGACUACGACGAAGUGGCCAUAGAGACGCCAGACCUGGUGCCAGGUGACGACGAGCUAUGACGUCACUACACCACCAUCCACUUGCCAUAUGGGACACGUCGCAUGGUGUAUGCUGAUUGUGAAAGAAUCUGUGUAUAGCGGUGACGUCUUCACGAGCAGUUAAAACGCGUCAGAAUUUCAUAAGCAACUAAAAUGAGAGUGACAUAAUACCAAUCGAUGAUGAGAUCGCGAUCAAGGGUCAACUCCUCAACAAAAAAGGCCUGUUUAGUGCUCAUUAUCUCAGUCCAUUCAAUCUAUUGAAGUAUAUUCGUUAUCAGUGUUGCUAUAGUGUGAGAAGCGAGGUGGCUGUGGAGCGUUGCGACCGAAGCGGACGCCCAAAACCGCGGCCGCAUGUUUAUAAUGUUAAUUAUUGCAGAUUUGCGAAAUUUUUUAAAGGUUCGAAAAUGUCCGCUGAGGUUGGACGAUGCUCGACUUGCCAACGAGAGACAAAACCCUUUCGAUGACGAAACUUAAGCACGAGUAGAACGCAAUUUUGAUGACAAUACUCUAUCAACUUGAUUCGCGAUUUGGUGAUUCACCUUGAAAUUUUUGAAUUUCACCCGCAUUUGUAAUAUAAAUACUUUGCGCGUUCUUCGCUCAGUUAUAUUUUACUCUUCAUUCGAAAUUGAGUUUAUUGCGUGAUUAUGUUUCGAGUUAUCCGAAGAACAUGAUCUCUUGAGAUGCAGCCUCCCUCUAUAAAAUAUUGUUACAUUUUGCGUUGUAUCACGUAUGGCGAUGAAUUAUUUAAGUGUAAUUGUAUUGUCCACGUCUGUGUUGUUAAAAAUGUUUAAAAAGUUUUGCAGUGUUUCCUUGUCUUGUUAAAUAAAUUUAUACAGAUCUUCA